AUGUCGUUGGAAUAUCCUGACCUCCAACUGAAGGACUAUGCGGUCUUCGUUUUUGGCCUGGUGACUGAGAUGAAGGUCCCAUGCACGUGGGAUCACGGAUGGGCAGAGGGGCUAAAAAAUCGUAUCGAGCGUGCGAGGGCUAUGCAUGCUUAUUUACUCGCUAAGAGGUCAGAAGUCCCCCUCACUCUGGAUGGACACACCGAUAUCCGGGACGCGUUGGCAGCAUACGAUUCCCUCAUGGCACCCGCUCCGGCCUCAUCAACCUCGAAGAAAGAGGGGAAGGCGAAGAACCGCCCACGACUGCCCCUCCCAUCUGGUGCCAAGGUUCUGACUUCAGGCGCGUGCAGUAAGCCCACAAUCGUGUCACCCAUUCCUCAACCUGCCUUUACGGGGUCCACUCCACGCACCGUACCACCUACUUUGAACCUCGAGAUGGGCGGUGCUCAUCCGAUUGAUCGCGCAUCCAGCGUUCAGUACAUGCCCAAUGUCGCUACGAUCGCUGGUGGGCCGUCCUUGCAGAGUCGCCAACCAUCUCUGCUACCGAUCGAAUCGAUCACGGGAGAUGAGCAUCCGGUGAAGCGUCACGCUGCCUCCCCGCAGCCGGAUCCCAUGGUGAUCGAUGACCCGCCGACAAUCCGCGCUGCGGCAUCGGCCAUGCCUCCCCCACCACUUCAGAUGAGUGCGCCCUCACACUCGCAAGCCGUCACUGCAGAUUUGAUGGAUGAGCCGUAUGCCCGCCCCUCUCCUCGCGUCACGGCUGCACUUCCCAGGUGCCCAUCCGAUUGUUCCCUUAGUCGACAGGCUUCCGCGCGGUCCCUUUGCAUCGCGCCAUCCCCAGUUGAGCGCAGUGGGUCCCAAGGUAGCUAUGGCAGUCCGAUGCUCCCAGCCAUAUCUCUUGAUGAUCCGCCCCGCCCUCCAGCUUUUCACUCUCACUUUGCCGACAUUCUCCCCGUGAGCUUCCGGUCCAUGCAACCGGGCGAGCAGAUCGCGAUGCUGGAAGCGGCACUCUGUCAUAGCUGGCAGCGCACAUGUGCGCUUGAGGACAGCCAGCAUGUUAUGCGCUCCCAGCUGGAUGCCAUCAUGGGUGCCCUCGGGGGUGACCCCGCCGCGUUCGCCACCCGGUUCGGGGUGUAUGCCACUCGCGUCAAUGUGAUCCCGUCUAAGCAGCGCGAGCUGAGCCAGAGUUUGGCCGAGUUGGAGGAACGUGUCAGCGAGCUGGAGGGUUCGGAUGCAGAGUUCCCCUCCGAGGAGGAAGACGAGGUCAUCCAUAGCAUUUCCACAGGUGCCUUCGACCCCAGUAUGGAUUCGUGUAGCGGUGGGGAUGAAGGGCUCGAUUUCGAUGAGGAGGAUUAG